GAGCAGCUCUCGGCUAUCCACGGGGAUGGCACCGUGGGGAUCGGGCAGGUAACACAGGGUGAGUGGGGCUGCUGGUGGGCAUGGCUUCUGGCACUGCUUGUUGUUAUGGUUUCUGGGGAAUGCAUUGCAGAGGGUGGGGAGGAAAGAUGCAGAUCAUUCUGUAGUCAUCUGGUCUUGCUGCAGGGGUUUAUGUGCAUCCUUCAUUGGGGAAUCUAAAAGCAUUCUGAUUUAUUUGAAAGAGCAGCAGCCUGUAUUCUUUCCGAGAAGAAGAAGCUCCUGGAAGGGCCCAGGAGUGCUGACUGGUGCAGGUUGAAUGAACUGUGGGGUAGUUCUCGGGGACAGGGGAGGAAGGGGCAGCCAAGGCUGGGCAGGGGGAAUGCUGCCAUGGUGUGAAGUUUUUGCUAUGUCUGCAUGCAUGGCCAAAUGCAUUUUGUUUUCCUUAUUUCUAGCUAAAACAUGAAGAUUAUAAAAGAAUUUAGAAACGACACUGAAGCUGUUCCUUCUAGCUGUGUGGGUGCAUGGAGGAGGGCAGAAUAUCACGGCUUUGUGGGCUGGGCACGUUUGCCUGGGGGAAAAAUCAGCCCAGGAGCUGAAGGCUGAGUGCUGGUAGAGCUCAAAGCCAGAGUGGCUGCCCAACGGAUCUGUGAGGGCAGGGGAAGUGGCAGGAGGAAAUCCAAGUCGUUUGCAUAUGAAGGUUGUAAAGUUUAUAAGUUGGAUUUUACAACCUGUUUGUGUCUGAUAGCAAAAGGUGGACUCUGUGAUGCACUGCUUCUUUUGUUGUGUUCUUGCACUGAUUGUAGCAACCAGCUGACCUGUUGGACUUGGGCAUGCUGCUGAUUGCUCAUCAAAGUAUCAACCGGUGACUGUUAUUCCCUGGGUUGGUUCAGCCCCGAGCAGAGGAGAUGAGGGGAGCCCUCAUGGUGGCUGUAGCUCAUUGUGAGGGGAGCAGAAGGGCAGCGCUGAGCUCUGCUCUCUGUGACAGCGAUAGGGCCAAAGGAAUGGCAUGGAGAUGUGUCAGGGGAGGGGCAGCUGGGGGUUAGGGAAAGGGUUGGACAUGGAACAGGCUGCCCAGGGCAGUGGGCACGGCCCUGAGCUGCUGGAGUUCACAGAACGUCUGGACAAUGCUCCUAGAUGUAGGGUUUGAUUUUGAGUGAUGCUGUGUAGAGCAAGGUGUUGGACUCGAUGAUCCCUGUGGGUCCAUUCUAGCUUGGGAUGUUCUAUGAUUCCAGGGUCACCCUUCAAGUUUCCCUUUUUAAGAGUCACCUCAGUGCCAGCUGUGAGCACACCUUCCAUCUCAGGGUUCCACACGUGCUCUUUUCUGUGGCAAAAACCCUGCAGUCGCCACAUUACCCAUUGCUAACAUCUGGCCAAACAGGAGCGGAGAUCCAGUGGAUCCACUGGCCAGCAGCACUGCAGAAGAGCAGCCUUUGCUCAGCAGGUGCUGCUGCUGGCAGAUGUGGCCUCUGUACCCUGGGAACCCUCCUGGCAAGGACCCUGGGAACCCUCUCUGUACAGCUGGGAACCCUCCUGGCAAGGCUGAGCCUGCUUUCAAUGGAGCGGGGGACAAACACACUGCAAUAGGGUGCUAGUGUGGGAAAUCACCCCAAGACAAACACAUACGUCAGGACACGUGGAAAUGCAGGUCGACAAGAUAACACUGAGGGCUAUUAAAAUACAUUGAUGCUGUUCAUAACUUUUACUAGAGUUCCGGAUUUCUUCUUCAGAAAAACACGCUGUUUAAGCCAUCGUGAAGUGACCUGUCAAUGAAUGGGCUGCAGUGGCCCCGCAGUCCUCUUCUUCCCAGGGAGCUGUCUGCAAGUUGUCUUUUUACAUGAUCUCAAGUCCUAUAGGCAAAGGAGCAUUGAGAUUUAGGGCUGAAUGUCUCGGUCUAACAGAGCUCCAGAGCUUGGAGCAUCUUCCCUGAGUGGUUUACCUCAUACUCAGGAGUGACCUGCACUUGGUCUCCCAUCAGUGAGGGUGAUGAGAGAUUACAGGGUAGGGAAGACAGCCAGACUUGUUUCUUACACGUGAGUAGGUAAUGCAGCCAUAGCUCUGAUACUGGUGGUAUCAAUAACUGCAGAGAUCUAGUGAGAUAAGUGUCAGGGCAAGCAUGCCAAGCAUACUUGAAAAAGUGUGGCUUGAUUGUUGAGUAGUCACCACGUAUGUCCUUCUGCUGUCACGCUUGGUAGAGUGAAGCAAUUCUGAAGCUUACAUUGCCCAUCAUGCUCAGUUACUAGGUAAACCAGAAAUGUCAUGUUAUGGAGAAGCUUGAGGUAGCGUCCUGCUGCUUCGGCACAGUCAUUUCUGAAUUACCGGUGUCUUUUGACAAUGAAUCUAAGUGAAACUGAAACCACUUUUCAGAUUGUUUGCUUCCAACCACUACCCAUGACAGCCUUCAAAAAACAAGCUGCUUCUCCGAAUACAAAAACAACAGGAAAGUAUGAACUCAAGCAUCGCUGGAACAGCUGAUGCCCGCUGGACAAGGACAAGAAGACAGAGGCACUGCAUUUGAAAGGAAGGCAGAUGCCUGCUAGGAUGGCCCUGACCAGUUCAUUUUCCAGCAAGCUGGUACCGCCAGGCUCCAGAGGAGUUUCUACAGCAGGGAGAGAAGCGCACCAGAGCAAGUUGGACUUUUUCUGCAAGCUAGGCUAUGGUAAGCAGGACAUCUGCAAAGUGCUGGAGAGCCUGGGCCAGGAGGCCCUGGAGGACGACGUGCUCAAAGAGCUGAUUCGGAUGGGGAGAAAGCCUCAAGCUCUGGAGAGCCAGGCUCAGCCUCCCCCACUAAAACUUGUAGCCCGUGGGUCGUGCAGCACUUCACCAGUGCCGAAGUGGCUUAGAGAAGAGGAAGGUGAUUCCUCCAGUCACUUGAGAGCCAUUGUGAUUGAUGGCAGCAACGUAGCAAUGAGCCAUGGAAACAAAGAGGUCUUCUCCUGCUGGGGAAUCCGCCUGGCAGUGGACUGGUUCCGAGAAAGGGGGCACACCUACAUCAAGGUUUUUGUCCCCCUCUGGAGGAAGGAGCCCCCUCGACAAGACAGUCCCAUUGCAGAUCAGCACAUUCUUGAAGAGCUUGAAAAACAAUCAAUCCUUGUGUAUACCCCAUCUCGGAAGGUGAAAGGCAAGAGGGUAGUUUGCUACGAUGAUCGCUAUAUUGUGAAGGUUGCUUAUGAAAAAGAUGGGGUCAUUGUUUCCAAUGACCAUUACCGAGAUCUCCAGAAUGAAAAUCCUGAGUGGAAAUGGUUCAUAGAGCAGCGACUACUCAUGUACUCUUUUGUCAGUAACAGGUUUAUGCCUCCUGAUGAUCCGCUAGGCCGGCACGGACCCACUCUUAAUAAUUUCCUCAGCAAAAAGCCAGCGCUUCCUGAAUCAACAUGGCAGCCUUGCCCCUACGGUAAAAAAUGCACUUAUGGUAACAAAUGCAAGUUUUACCACCCGGAGAGGCUGCAUCAAGCUCAGCUGUCAGUUGCUGAUGAGCUCAGAGCCAGAACAAAAGUGUCCGUGAACCUGGGGGAGGAGGAGGAGAUGUGCAACUGCUCUCCAUAUCGGACUGGUAGAGAGCCUAUGCCUCACAACCCUGUCACAGAAAUGCCACAGGGAGCCAGCAGGGGCAUGAGGGCCUCUUGCUAUGCAGCAUGGUCCCCAGGCAGCUACCACGCAAGGCCAGCUGAUGCCUGGGCCAUCAGCUCCAACUCUGGCCUGGAGCUGGACCGGAAACCACCAGAAGCCCACAGAGUCCAACCCCUUGUCGGAGACAUGGCAGCACUCUCCAUCAGUGACAAGGUGUACUCUGGAACCAGACCGGCGUGCACCUCACAGGACAGAGAGGUGUCUGACAGCCCGCAUCGCUGUUGUAGCCUGAGGCACAACCCCUUCCUGCCAUGCCACCACCACUGCUUGGACUGCACCUGCUUAUCAGGGAGCCCCUUCCAGCACUCAAUGCUUCCACCUCCUCCAGGCAGGCACCUGGAGCACCGCUGGCCCCAGGAGUGCUGGUCUGAUGGGGCUCAGCCUGGCCCAGCCCUGGAGGCACAGCAGCAGCAGCACCUCCCUCCAUCUUCUGUGAUGCCUCUGGCUGAGCCACUGCAGGUGUACGGAGAGCAGCCCCAGUGCUGUUUCCCUAGCCAACCCUUUCUGCUGGAUGCCAGCAGCAGGCCUGACUUCUUCCAGAAAGCCUCUGCUCAGCCCAAUGCUAAUUACUGUGAUUACUGGCCACCCCAUGCUGCAAGACCUCCUUCUGCCCAGCAAGCAAGUGUCCACAGGGAGCUGUGCACUAUUUUCCCCUGUGCCGAAGUGAAUCGAGUCAUGGCACUGUACCCUGAGAUCAAGGAUAUCGCUAGCUUGACAUUACUGAUUCAAAGACAUAGAAACUUGUGAUGCCUCCAGGUUAAACCUUUCCCACCAAGUGCAGAGCUGCUAUUCUCAGGUUUAUCUGAGUGUUAUUAAAGGGCUUUAUGAGCUGAGUUACAGCUGUUCAAGUAGCAUACAUGUAGGCGUGGUGCAUAGGGCAUUGAGUCAAGGCAGUCACUGUGGUUCACAGCAGUACAAUCUUGUCUACUCCACUUGGGAGUGAGUAGGAGGGCUUGGGUUUAAUAACUGAGCUGCCAGCAUGUGAACCUCACAUGUUUUUAAUGUCCUAAUGUGCUGUUUAAAUAUCAGCAAGGAGCCGUUCUCCAUGGGCCCCAUUAAAGGGCUCCUCAUAAGACUUAUCACAACUAGCCUGCUCAGCUAGCAGAAAAAAAAAGUAAUUUGGCAUAUUUCCCUUAACACCGGGCUGUAAUUCCUGCUAGAAGGCGUCUUUGGGCCCAUGUAAUUACCUGAUGGCUUUAAUCACAAAGCAAACGUGUCCUAGACCUUUAAAAGACUCAACUAGUGUUUAUGAACCAAUGCUGUGAACCCACAAGAUUACUAGUGGAGAUAGCAGAGAAAGAACCCAGAGCACUUGGAAACAACUGCAGGUAUAUUUCUCAGGGCUCGUGCACAAUAUAAGUCAAGUGAGGGAAGCCCUCUGUAAUAUAAAAGUCAGUCCUAUUGCAGACUGAAAGCUCAGGGCUCUUCUUAUUUGAGCUAACACAGCUGAUAGCAAAGGAAAAUAAUAAUAAUAGUAGCUCUGAACUGCUUCUGUCCUAGUAAACAAGAAAAAACAUUGUUGAAUUAACCCCUAAUUACCAAAUGUGGUCCCAUAAUGCCACUAUACAAAUGAUUUAUGAUUACAAACAUUUAAAUUCUAUUCUGCUGGGGCACGUUUGAUUUUCAGUAAGCUGUGAAGCUAUUAAUCUUCGUGUUAUUCUACUGAAUUUUUUUAAAGUUAAAAUUCAAAUAUUAAGGUUGAUCCUGAACGUUUUUGGCAUUUCACCAAAGUUUAAGUAUGUCAGUAUGACAGAUCUUAAGAAUUAUUUAGCACGUUAUAAAAUGAUCACCUAGAACACCUUGCUCUGAGUAUUUUCUGGUUUUUUUUAUUCUCUUCCUUUUAGCACUGAUGGAUAAUUAAUUAGGUCCAACAUUCAGGUGGCCUUUAUAAAAUCUCAUAUGCAUCAGAGAACCUCUCGUGUGCUCUUCUCAGAAGUACAGUCAGGCAAUAAUUAAACCUAGCUCGCACUGAAUGCCCUUGGUUUGGAAAGGCAACCAAGCAGAAGUAAUUUACCUUUAGUGUCACUAUCACAUGAUGCAUUUUUGUAUUUGUGUGAAGAUUCUUCAGGAAAUAAACAGUAUCAGCUGAA